AUUUGCCCGGGCGAGCCGGGCAUCGGGUGUGUGUUGUAUAUGUGUCUCUAGUAUCGUUGUAAUCACGUGAAUUGGACAAUUGUCCGGGUUGUAUGUUACAGUUACAUCAUUAAAAGAGCAAGUACUGGCUGAUAGCUGGUGAUAGGCGACAGGCUAUCGGCGGCCGCUAGCCGUUAAUUCAAAAACUCGAGCAGUAUAGCGAUUUUGAUAUUUUACGACAAUAUUACAGGCAGAGUGUGGGGGACAGAGUGAGAGUGAAGGACCAAGAAGAAGAGGGAGCGAGACCGCGGCUGUGUCCGACACUUAUGUUACACGCCCAGGCCGUAUUGCUGCGUCACAUGGGCCGCGUUCAUUGGUCGAUAGAGCACCGUGACGUCACAUACGUGAGGAUGAUUGGCUAAAAGUCCGGGUCCCGGACACGUGAAUCGUGGCCAAGCAAGCAUGGCUGUUGAUGCGCAGUGGUUAACACUUGUAAAAUGUUUCUGCCACGCGCCAGAUCGAUCAGGUUAACGUGAUUCUGAUGAUUUUUAAAAUAAACCAAAAACAAUACUCUGAUAAAUUGUUUGUUAACUCGCUGGUUCAUAAAUAAUUUAAAUUAAUAUAUAAACAAGUUGACGGAAGGAAGCCAGAGUUGGAGCAGUUGGUCGUCAGCAGUCAGUGCCGAACAAAAUAGCCUACAUGCUAGCGAGCACACAUGCAGACAGGGCUUAUCUCAAACAAAAAUACCGCGUGUGUAAGUGUCCAAGUGUCAUUAUUCCCAGUACGUGGGGCUGUGUCGCAGCCAUAGUCAGAGUAAACGUUUUGGAGGGGCAAAUAUAAAUCUAAAAGCUAACGUGUUAAAUCACCAGCACGUUGAGACGUUGAGUAAAAAAAUUUAGCCUUCAGCUGGGAUUGAUUUCUCCUCUCGUGAAAGUGCCCAAGCGCGCGUAGCGGUUCCAUUGUGUUGUAUGACUCAGACGCAGAGACUUGUCAUUUAUUUUUCGUUGCUGACAGCCGGAUUAUUGUAAUUUUAUUGGGACAAGUCUCAGGUAAAAAUGAGUCUCGAGACACUUUUGGAAGCGGCACGUUACGUUGAACAGCAAGAGAAGAAGAGGGAACGUGCUGCAAGUACAUCCUCUUCUUCAGAUCACUCUUUUGCGGUAGCGCCUUAUUCUAAUCAUCACAAUUCUAAUGAACCACGUGGUGCUAAAUUAAAGAGAGAAAGAUCCGAGCCAGAUGACCUGUUUUGUGAGGAGAAAAUGCUGAUAAUUGAUGAAGAAGAUCCUCUGGACAUCAGCAGAUCUAAUGGGAACCAUGCGACAGGACUGCGUGCCAGCCCGGUGAUAGCAAGCACUAGGUCCCUCGGCAAUCAAAAUUCCAUAACUCACAUUACAAGCCAUCAUCAGCAUCCACAUCAUCAUCACAAUUACCAGCAACAGCCUCAGCCUCAGUCACAGUCUCAACCUCAGCCCCAGCCUCAGCCUCAGCCUAUUCAGCAUCACAAUAAUCACAACAGUGCAACGCACAAUCAUUAUGUCGAUAAUUAUAAUUCUAAUCACACUUCGAGCAGUGGAAAUGGUGGGACGUCGAUGUCCACUGAUGAGUCUGCCCAUGAUAGUAAAAAACAUCGAAAUGGACCCUGUGUUAUCAGAUCUGGUACCAGAGAAGUUCACAAUAAAUUAGAAAAAAAUAGAAGAGCUCAUUUGAAAGAAUGUUUUGAAUUAUUAAAAAAACAACUACCAGCUCAAGAUGAAAAAAAGUCAUCUAAUUUAUCAAUUCUUCAUGCAGCCAUCAGACACAUACAAUUAUUAGUAAGAAAAGAGAGAGAUAAUGAACACGAGAUGGAAAAACUGGCUCGUGAAAAAAUAGCAUCACAACAGAGGAUAGUGGCAUUAAAAAAAGAGUUGGCUGGUAGAUGGCCGCAUCUUGAUUUCAAUCAGAUAUUAAAGGAGUCAAACCUUGCUGUCGAUACAUCUGGAUCUAAAAAUCUAGCAGAGGCAAUGGACGUUGAUGUGUCGGCAAGUUUAGCACGUGGUGGCACACGUUACAGCAGCACAAGUAGUCUAAGUAGUGCAGCAACAGCAAAUUCACCCCAAAAUCAUCAUCAGUCGACUGGUACAGUGACUCAGUCAACGUCGAUCCAAAAUCAAACGGCUACUGCUGCUGUUGUAUGCCAGACACAAGGUUUAAAUCUCGCUCAAAGUUCUAGAGAAAGUCCGCCAACAAUUUCUAGUCCUGGAGCAUCAACACCUAGCAUUCCUACUCCUGCGCAGGAAAAAGUAACAUCUCCAACAGUGGUACAGCAAUCUCACCAAUUACAUUUACCGAUAAGUGCCCAAAUGUUAAACACAAGUCAGGGUUUGGCGACAAUAGUACCGACACUGCAGCAUCUUGGUCCAGGUUUGCGGGUGAUACCCGGGGACACGCGACAACUGCUGGUGACACACACAACUGGCAACAAUGAAACGCGUCCUCUGACAUUGGCUGUGCAGAAUUCAACGGAUCAGUCACCGCGGCCGCUUAUUGCGGUCCAAUCCCAGGCUGGCACAGAUCCAAGACCGGUUGCUCUGGUGGUACACUCGACAGCAGCAAAUGACAAUCGCGUUACUUUUGUACAUUCAAAUCUUUCUAAUCAAGAACGGCCACUAGCUCUAGCCGUCCAGUCGACUGCCAGUGAUGUGCGCCCGGUUACUUUUGUCCACUCGGGUAAUGAAGGAAGACCUUUAGUUCUUGCAGCACAUCCGCCGCCUCUCAAUGUUACUACGGCACAAACAAGAAUAAGAUCCGGAGAAACUCAAACAACACACAAAAUGGUCGGUGGUGUGACACUAGUCGGUGGUAAUGGAUCUGAAUUAACUAGACUACCUGGUGGCGCUGAAUUAAAUAUUUUACCAGCAACUGGUGUCUUCCGUUCAGUCAAGACACAAUCACUUGCUGUACAAGGAGGACUGACAUUGAGCCACGCCGGAGUUUCACUUCAACAAUCAGGGAAACAGACAACGGCGAUGAUGCAAAACGUACCCACCAGCGAGAGUAUCGCCCACAUAGUAGGUCAGCACACAUCACUAUCCGGACUUACACCAAUAAUGACACCAAUGACCGUCGUGUCGCAGGGAAACAAUCAAGUGACGGCUCACAUUCUCGCUCCGUCAAACCUGACGGGCAAAAUGAUAACAACGCCGAUCCUCAAGUCCGUUGGGCAAGUGCCCCUCGUUAAUGCUCAGUAUCUUAACACAACAAUCGUCAAACCAGUCGUCGUCGUCAGCACGUCAGCCAACUCAACGUCACCUACAAUAACUUCCACAACACAGCCUUCCGUAACGACGCAUUCAAAUGUCUGACAGAAUCGUAAAAAAAUUAAAAUUGUUUGAAAUAUUUUUAAGUUUCUUAAGCAUUUUUUUUUUUUUUUUUUUUUUUUUUUCAGUACUGAGUUUUUAAAAU